AUGGCGUUUGCGCCGGUGGGGCCUGAGGCCUCGUUCUUCGAGGUUUUGGACCAACACAGGGCUUCGCUGCUGGCCGCCCUGAGGAGAGGCGGUGGGGAGCCCGCGGACGGGGGGACGCGCCUGGCCUCGAGUUCUGAGGUUCUUGCAUCUAUAGAAAGUGUUAUUCAAGACGUCAUCAGCAGCCUGGCAAGAAAUAAAGCUCCCGUGUUCACAAUAGACAACAGAUCGAGCUGGGAAAAUAUAAAGUUUGAAGAUUCUGUGGGUCUUCAGAUGGUCCCUCAUUGUACCAGGAGAAAAAUCAAAAGUGAUUCACCAAAAUCAGUUAAAAAUUUUGCUCUCAUUCUUAAAAUAUUGUCCAUAAUUUAUAAAUUGGUACAGAGCAACACUCACGCAACCAAAAGAGACAUAUAUUAUACUGACAGCCAACUUUUUGGUAACCAGACGGUUGUGGACAAUAUUAUCAAUGACAUUUCUUGUAUGUUAAAAGUGCCGAGGAUGAGUCUACAUAUCUCAUCCACGUCAAAAGGUUUAAUUGCUGGCAACUUAAGGUAUAUCGAGGAAGACGGGACCAAAGUGCACUGUACCUGUGGUACAACAGCUGUUGCCGUGCCAUCUAAUAUUCAAGGUAUUCGAAAUAUAAUUACAGAUGCAAAAUUUCUGUUAAUUGUGGAAAAAGAUGCGACCUUUCAGCGACUCCUGGAUGACAACUUUUGCAACAGGAUGUCUCCGUGCAUUAUGGUUACGGGAAAGGGGGUACCUGAUCUGAACACGAGACUUUUAGUCAAGAAGCUGUGGGAUACGUUUCACAUUCCUGUUUUCACUCUUGUGGAUGCCGACCCACAUGGCAUAGAAAUAAUGUGCAUCUAUAAGUAUGGAUCUAUGGCGAUGUCUUUUGAAGCCCAUAAUCUCACAGUUCCAGCUAUUAGAUGGCUUGGUCUCCUCCCUUCUGAUAUUAAACGAUUAAAUAUACCUAGAGAUACUUUAAUUCCACUGACAAAACGGGACCAGAUGAAACUGGACAGUGUCCUGAAAAGACCUUAUGUUACUUGCCAGCCAUUUUGGAGAAAAGAAAUGGAAAUAAUGGCGGACUCUAAAAUGAAGGCAGAAAUUCAAGCUUUGACCUUCCUUUCAUCAGAUUACCUUUCCAGAGUGUACUUACCUAACAAAUUAAAAUUUGGAGGAUGGAUAUAA